AUGAAUUAAAAUAAGUUGCCGAUGUUUAAGUUUACUGUUGUUGGAUAUGUAAGUAAGUUAUUAAUUUAGAUUUAGAUGUUGGUAAAACCAGUUUUAUUUAAUAAUAUUCAGAAUCUAAAUUUUAAGAUUAAAAAGAUUUAACUAUAGGAUUAUAACUUAUAACAAAAAUAGUUGUUGUGGAUAAAACAAAAGUAAAAUUAUAAAUUUGGGAUACAGUAAGUUCUAGUCUUAUCAUAUAGGCUGGUUAAGAAAAAUAUGGUGAUUUAUUAAAAUUAAAUUAUCGUGAAGCAGCAGCAGUUUUUGUUUUAUAUGAUGUAACACAAAAAAUAAGCUUUGAAAAAUUACAUGAGAAAAUAAAAGAAUUAGAAGAACAUGCUCCUGAAAAUAUUAUUAAAAUUUUAGUUGGAAAUAAAUCAGAUGAACCAGAUGAAAAAAGAUAGGUAUCAUAAUAAGAAGCAAAAAAAUUUUCUACUGAUUAUGGUUUUGAUCAUUAUUUUGAGACCUCUGCCAAAUCUGGUGAAAAUGUAGAAUAAGUAUAAAUAGUGAUUGAUUUUAAGGUUUUUGUAGAAGCUGUUAGAUCAGUGAUUGUGCGCAUGUAUAUGAAUUAAUCAUUUAAAAGCUCAAUAAUAACAAUCGAUAAUAACAUAGGAGAUUCUAGAUUUGGAAGUGGUACCCCCAUUAAUAAUCCUCCUUAAAUUUAGGAACGUAUACGAUUAAAAUCUAUACCAUAACAAUAAUAUGCAAUUCCGUAACAAUAAUAAGAAAAAAAUUAUAAGGGAUGCUGUUGA